AUGCCUCCCACGCGAGCCUCCAAACGGCGUAAACUCUCACCUGAGGCCGAGGUCGGCAGCGACACCAGGACAGCAUCUCCAGCUCCAGCUCCACGAUCCUCUGGCCGCAGAGCAGCACCCACAUCUGCUGCGAGAAAAGCAAAAGCGAAGACAGUGGAAGCUGCACCUGCUUCUCCAUCACCGGAACCUCCAAAGUUAAUUGGCCGAGCCAUCUGGAAAGAAGCCAAAGCGAAGAAGUUGAGCCAGAAGGCCGAGAAAGGAGGACGAAGCCUGAGUCGAGGGUUGGAUACGGCAAGAGAUGGCGAGGUUUUUGACGACAUCGAUGGGGCGCUGGUGGGGAGGGAGCCAUAUGGGAGGAUGAACGGGCGGGCUAAACAGGUGACAGCGAAAAAGGUAGAGGAAGAGACACCAAAGGGCAGGGUCAUUCCCGCGAAGACUGGGUUCUUCAGCAGAUUCUCGAAGGAGGCUAUUGAGGCUGCUGAGAGGGAGGGGAGGACAGUGGGCGUGUUGGACUCGGACGAUAGUGAGGAGGAAGUUUUCGAGGACGAGGACACGGACAUGGAUGGUAUGGAUGAUGAGCCAAGUGAGGGAGAGGUGGCCACCGAUAGCGCCAAACCCAAUGGCUCAGCGAAACAAAGUGCAAGCGGCGGGAAGUUCUGGACAACUGCUCCGUCGGGCGAGCGCAAGAAGACAUUCGAGGAUGAGAUACGAGAUUUGGAAGCAGCUGCGAAGAGGAGGGCUGAGGAAGAGAGCAGCGCGGACGAGCUGGCAUCUGAGAACGAGCUGAGACAAUCCUCGUUGAAGAAGGACACUCGUACGAAGAGAAGCGCCAGGUCAAAAGCAGAGGUCAAGACAGAGGUCACUUCGGUGUCAAAACCACGUGCCGUCAAACCGCUGGAUCGAAGGAAGGCCACGCCAACAAAAGCUGCCGCUACGAAUGGAAUACCACGGGUCGUUCCGGAGGAUGAGCUGGAGGUUGGCGACUCGGAAGACGAGCGGGUAGCAGCGGUGAGCAGCAAAGGCGCCAAUCUGUCUGCGCAAAAGAUGACAACGCCAUCCAAAGCAAGACCAGCCAUGGCGAAGAAGGCGGUCGCCAUCCCUUCAAUCACAUUCGAAGCACAGCAUUUGCAAUGUAUACAGAGAGUACUCAUGGGCAAGGCGACUGGCAAGCGGGUGGUACCUUUGACCAACCUAAGCGACGAAUACGCCAAGGUGUACUCACUCGUCGAUCAGACGGUGACUGCAGGCGAGAGCAACAGCAUGCUUCUCAUCGGUGCCCGAGGCUGUGGUAAGACUGCUUUGGUGAACCAAAUUCUGAGAGAGCAGAGCGUGAAGCAUCCGGAUGAUUAUCAUGUUGUGCGACUGAACGGCUUCAUCCACACCGAUGACAAGAUCGCUCUUCGCGAGAUCUGGAGACAGCUUGGCCGAGAGAUGGAAAUGGAGGAAGAAGAUGGUCCAGCAAAGAACUACGCCGAUACACUGUCGACUCUUCUCGCAUUGCUCUCACAUCCCACCGAGAUGGGAGUCGACGAGCCGGGACAAGUGACGAAGAGCGUUAUCUUCAUCAUGGUCGAGUUCGAUCUGUUCGCGACUCAUCCUCGCCAGACUCUAUUGUACAAUCUCUUCGACAUUGCACAGUCCCGCAAGGCGCCGAUCGCAGUACUCGGCCUCACCACGAGAAUCGAUGUCGCCGAGAGCUUGGAGAAGCGAGUCAAGAGUCGAUUCAGUCAUCGUUAUGUGCACCUUAGUCUGUCGAAGAGUCUGCAAGCGUUCGAGCAGGUCUGCCGUGCAGCGCUGGCGAUCACAGCGCACGAAUUGUCCAGCGAAGAAAAGCAGGAAUUGGGAGAGCCCACCGAUGUGGCAACAAAAUUGCAGCUGGCUUCAAGCAAAACCAAAGAGCAUUCCGCUGUCUCCAGCUGGAACAGCGUCGUCGACCACAUCCUCGCCUCGGAGCCUUGCGCAAGACUGCUCCAUCGACUCUACUACACAACCAAAUCCAUCCUAGAGUUCCUGACCUCCCUCUGCCUUUCCAUCGCGACAAUACCAACCAGCGAAUCCACCACAUCGACCGCACUCUUCGCCCACUUUACGACGACCCUGCCUGAAGCCCUCCAUGCACCGGACUCAAAACUCACUCUCCUCCCCUCCCUCUCCAUUCUCCAGCUCGCCCUCCUCAUCUCCGCCGCCCGCCUCACCAACAUCUACAACACAGAAAUCAUCUCCUUCAACCUUGCUUACGACGAAUACAAAAACCUUGCAUCGAAAGCGAAGUUGCAGGCUUCGGCAUCUGGAGCGCUGGCGCAGGGAGCCGGGAGUCGAGUUUGGGGCAAGGCUGUGGCAAAGGGUGCUUGGGAAGGGUUGGUCGAGUGUGGUUUGGUGAUGGAGGAUGGAAGAGGUGGCCGGGUCGACGUCGCUAUGGAGGAGAUCGGAGGGAGCGGAGUGGACUUGGGAGCUUGGGGACGGUGGUGUAGGGAGAUCUAG